GAUCGCCCAUCAUUGGUGAAUCUAGUGGUUCCUAGUAAUGUAGAUCAUGGAUCGAGAUCACGUCUCAGUGGAUGCAUCCUGUGGUUGUAACUUUAAAAAGAAAUAGUCACGUGUGUGACAGAAUAUGCUUUAUACAUGAGGUGUAUCAAAUGAAAUGUCAAAGGAUCAUUAUAGGGCUGCAUCGUCACGAACCAAAAAGGAGUCGAUGAUGAAAAUGAAUUCCAUUCGUACUGGGAUGUGUAGACCUGUAUAUAAAAUUGGAGCACCAACAAUAUUAUUUAGGACGUAUUCAUCGAUCCUCACAUUUGUACCGAAAUGCGAACAAACAAAGGAUUCAGAUUUACUGAGGUUAAAAGAAUUCAUUGAUAAACACAAUAACAUUUGCAUAUUGACAGGGGCAGGGAUUUCUACGGAAAGUGGUAUACCAGAUUAUAGAUCCGAAGGUGUCGGACUGUAUGCAAAGAGCAGUCGUAGACCGGUACUGUACAAAGAUUUUUGUGGAAGCGAUGUUAUUCGUAGACGCUACUGGGCUAGGAAUUAUGUAGGUUGGCCAAGGUUUUCUUCUAUUGAACCUAAUAACACACAUAAAGUAUUAAAAAAAUUGGAAGACGCGAAAAAAGUGAGAUGCAUUGUUACUCAGAAUGUAGAUAAUUUGCAUGCAAAGGCAGGAAGUAGGAAAGUUAUAGAGUUACAUGGUACAGCAUUCAAAGUGAUGUGCCUUAAUUGCGAUCGACGAAUAUGUAGAUAUUCUCUGCAAGAUAUUUUGGACAGGCUUAAUCCAAAUAUGACGGCAACUAGUCAAAUGAUAAGACCAGACGGCGACGUAGAUCUGUCACAAGAACAAGUGGAAGAGUUUGUUGUUCCAUCUUGUGAAGCUUGCGGCGGUGUCCUAAAGCCUGACAUUAUAUUUUUUGGCGACAAUGUCCCGCGCCAGAUAGUGGAAAGCGUGAAAUACAAUGUCGAACAUUCUGAUUCUUUACUGAUCCUGGGUUCUACAUUGACCACAUUCUCUGGAUAUCGGAUAGCGUUGCAAGCCAGCAAUGCUGGAAAGCCGAUAGCCAUAUUAAAUAUUGGCAAAACCAGAGCGGAUGAUCUUGCCAAGAUUAAAGUGGAAGGUAGAUGCGGCGAUGUGCUAUCAAGAAUUUCUACGAUGAUCCUAACAAGUUAAUUAACUAUCUUUCGUACUUCUUACAAACUGGGCUGUGAUUAUUGUAAAUAAACUUAUAAUGCACGAAUAAAAAAAUGAACUAUUUUGUUUAAAA